AUGUCUCGUCUUACUGAAGAACGGAAUCAAGAUGCUACUGUAUAUAUAGGAAACUUGGAUGAAAGAUGUACUGAAGCACUAAUCUGGGAAUUAAUGCUUCAAGCUGGUCCCGUUGUUAAUGUCCAUUUACCAAAAGAUCGUGUUACUCAAACACAUCAAGGUUAUGGAUUUUGCGAGUAUAUGAGUGAAGAUGAUGCUGAUUACGCAAUAAAAAUAAUGAAUCAAAUCAAAUUAUAUGGGAAACCAAUACGUGUUAACAAA